UUGUUUGUGUUUAAAUGUGGGGGGCGCUAUCUGUUGAUGGUUUACACCGAUUGCCAAGGGACUAGUUGAGCGCAGUGAUUAGUAUAAUGCUACUGUGCUGCUGCUGUACAACUACAUCUCCCACCCGAGAUCAGCCGGGUACUAUAAUAACUCAGGGGUUUACAAAAUGAUACCAAUGUGAUCUUUCCUACUGAAAGCUCGAGCAUUAAUUUGAAGAAGACAUUAAUGCUGAUCUUUCUGACCUUCAUGAAGUAAUUGACGCAGAAGCAAACAUAAAGACUUUGCAAGAGAUUACCCUUGUUGGUGUUUGUGCAUGGAACCCAGAGGCAUUGUUAAAGCAUUCCCAAAAGUAAAGAGACUAAGAGAAAAUGCUACAUUAGAAGAUGGCGGAAAGAAAAUUAAGACCGCUGUUGACAUUCAUGGAACGGUCUUUGAUGGAGUCCUUGCACAUAUUCUCCAGGCUGGGAUUGGCCUGGCCCGAUCUGAAAUUUUUCAGAAGCAGAUUAUACAGAACGGAGGUCAAGUUACUUCCCAGUUUUCCUCUGAAGUGACGCACAUUAUAGUGGAUGAGCAAAUGGACUGUGAUCGUGCUUUCCGGCUACUGAAACUGGAAAAAAUUUCUCACCAUGUUCAACUUGUAAAGUCAACCUGGCUGAGUAUUUGUAUUAAUGAAAAGCAAAUGGUUAACACUGCUGGAUACAGAAUAUUUAUUCCAGACAGGUACCUGGAUUUGAAGGACCGGGCAGAAAAAGAACAAAGUUGUGAGAGCAAGGGGAAUUACAGGAAACAGCAUGAUGAACUACCACAUGUCCCGGACAAACUGAAUGAAGCGGGCAACCCUCAAACCCAACAUGUGUCUGAUUUCCCACUAUUGAAUUAUAGCAACACAUCAAAAACACAGAAUUCAGAUGAUGAGGCUAGCGACACAGAAGACACCGGUGUUACACAAGGAGACCUGGAUGCUUUGAUAUCUGGGCAGCGUCCUGUACUAACAAGUGUGAAAAGCCAUGAAGUCACAAAUAAUGUCACUGGAAAGUGGGUCUGUGCUCACUCAUCUGAAAGCAAGAAGACGAAUUACAACCAAUUUAUCACAGACAAACUGGAGGUUCUUGCCAAGGCCUAUUCUGUCCAAGGAGACCGCUGGAGAGCUUUGGGAUACUCAAAAGCAAUAAAUGCUCUCAAAAGCUACCACAAGCCUGUCACCUCCUGUGAGGAAGCAGCUAGUAUCCCAGGCAUUGGGAAGAAAAUGGCUGAAAAAAUUGAAGAAAUUCUGGAUAGUGGACAUUUGCGCAAACUAGACCAUAUCAGUGACAGUGUGGCUGUGCUGGAGAUCUUUUCCAAUAUAUGGGGAGCUGGAGUGAAAACGGCACAAAGCUGGUAUCAACAGGGCUUUCGGACUUUAGAUGAUAUCCGUACAAAAGGGAACCUGACCGCGCAACAAGCCAUUGGUCUGAAACAUUAUGAUGAUUUCUUAGAUCGCAUGCCCAGGGAUGAGGCCGGGAAGAUUGCACAAACCGUAAGAGAAAUGGCCCAUAGCCUUAAUCCCGAGCUGAUCUCUGUAGCAUGUGGCUCCUACCGCCGUGGAAAAGCAACCUGCGGCGAUGUCGAUGUGCUAGUAACUCACCCUGAUGGAAAGUCUCAUAAAGGAAUUUUCAGCAAACUUAUCGGCGGGCUGAAGACACAAGGGUUUCUGACUGAUGACCUGGUGAAUCAAGAAGUGAACGGCAAUCAGAAGAAAUAUUUGGGGGUUUGUCGGCUGCCGGGAGAAGGUCAACGGCACCGGAGGCUGGACAUUAUUGUAGUGCCUUAUGGAGAGUUUGCCUGCGCUCUUAUGUACUUCACUGGAUCUGCUCAUUUUAACCGCUCAAUGCGUGCCCUGGCCAAAACCAAGCGCAUGAGCCUAUCAGAACACUCGCUUAACAAGGAUGUUGUGCGCAAUGGGAGUGUAAAGGUCAGCCAAGGUUGCCCUCUUCCUACACCAACGGAGAGGGAGGUUUUUGAGACACUUGGGCUGCCAUUUAGAGAACCGCAUGAGAGAGACUGGUGAUCCAGUACCAAAUCAAAAGCAGUAGAAUCAUACUCACACAGUUCUAACACUGCCUCUUUCUCAACAGUACGUAAAUCCAAUGUGUAGGUGUGGAUACAAUAAAGCACAGAAAUUCUGGUGCAAAAGGUGCCUUUAUUCACAAACACAACAUAUUUCGAGCUUCCUUGCUCUUUGAGAGCUAGGAAGCUUAAAAACAUGUUUUGUUUGUGAAUAAAGGCACCUUUUGCAGCAGACUUUCUGCACUUUAUUGUAUCCACACCUACACAUUGAAUUUACGGAUUGACUGCUUUGGAUGGAAGGAAGGUGAUGGGAUACUAGAAUUGAGCCAUAAGGAUAAAGUUACCAUUAAUUAUCUCUUUCUCAACAGUACGCAACACUCCAGGUGUUCAUACACUGUGAUACACAUACAGUUCACAAACAAAUCAGCCUUUGGGCUGAAUGUAUAGAUACCACACAAAGGACCAUACAUGUUUGGCCACUCUUCUCUUCCUUCCAGCCGGCCAAUGGAAAUUUCCCAACAGAAUUGAUAAUGGUCGAAAAUUAUCCAAAGUGCUGACCAAAUCUGGGCAUAUGCAAGCCAGCUUUACCAAAAACUGUUAUCCACAACGUGGUCAUGUCACAGUUUUUACAUAUAUUGGAGGAUUUUCAAAUGAUGCCACAGUAUUUGGGCGUUUAGAAAGCCAUACAGGACACUAUCCUAUGCAGCCAAUUUUUUUGGUUAUUUUCAAAUCUGCAUACGAGUGUCGGUAAGCGAUUGGUUGAUGCUUACAGAUCCACCUGUAUAGUUUUACUUUUACAUAUAUGUGGUAUCUUAAGGGCAUAUUAAACACUGGCCACCUUAUUAAGAUUCUACAAGUACCUGUUCUUUUACAGCUCUGAGAAACCGUGAUUUAAAGAGCCACAAUCCCUUUAAGGCUGAAAGCAGGUCCUCUUACUCCUAGCUUCCAUGAAAGUUUUACUUUUUACCAUAAAUACCUUUACUUCCCAUUGCACUCCUAUUGUGUUAUAAUCCCUUUACAGAAAUCUAGAAAGGGGCAUUAUCAGAUGGUAUUUAUUACAGACAUUACUAAAGCCAGAAUAAGCUGUGCAUUUGUUCACAGUGUGUAUAUAGAUAUAUACAUCUUUAUAAUAAUCAUAUAUCAGUGGAGAUAGUAUUAACUAGAACAGCUAAAAUGAGUUCAUGCUUUCAGAUUGGUCUUAUAACAAUAUAUGGGAGAAGCCAUUACGCUUCACCUCAAUUCCCAACAAGUUGGUCUCCAGUCUAGGCCCACGUGUGAUGAUUUCAGGGGGUAUUUUCACUUUAGAAAUAAGCAAGCCGGACCAUAGAUAAUUAUAAUAGUGACCAUUGAUGCAGAUACGAGGAGUGUCCACAAAAUGAAUAAAUUAAAUAACAAAAUAGGAGAAGGGGGUAUUUCCACAGUUUGGAGGGUCAAAUGUUCAGCUGCAAAAGGGCUUGAAACUCUUCCCGUAGCAGUAGCACCCACACACAUCCAUAAAUACAUACAAAUAUACAGUAUAAACAAUUGCCCCUGUGCAGACAUUUGUAGUGCUUUUAAAAAACGGCAUUUAUUCUUCCAUAGCAACUAAUUAGCAGUUGACUGUUCCUUGGAUGUGUCUGUGCCUCCCCUUAAGCGAAAGAAAAUCUCCUUUAUAAACCUGGCAUAAUUUGCUUUUAAAGUACGCCUACUUGCUGAUUAUUGAAUGUACAUUUUUUGUCUCUCGGGAGCCUGCACGUUUCUGUAGUUAUAAUGAAGUAUGACAUCACUGGCUUUUUUUUAAUGAUGCCAUGAAAUUAUGAAGAAGAAUGUAAUGUGUGCACCAAAUCAUGACCAUGAACAAAUUGUCUUAACCGUGUGACAAAUACAUUAUUUAUUGCAUAUUUUAUUAGGAUAUGGGAAAUUAUUCUAGCAAUGAAGUGAAAAGCUGCGUCAAUGAAAUCAGAAGGGCUAAUAGCACUGAUUAUGAAGUUGUACAUGCUGUGCAGUUCAUUUUAUUUUGUGCUUUGGAAUCAGGCCUGGACUGGCAAUCUGUGGGUUCUGGCAAAUGCCAGAGGGGCUGCUAUAAGGUGCCAUAGAAAAUCAGUAUUUAGUGGGCUGGUGGGGCUGUUUUGGCCUCUGUGUACCUGAAAUGCCAGGGCCUAUUUUAAUUCUCAGUCCGGACCUGUUUGGAAUGAUCUGCGGUCUGUUCCAAGAUUCCCCAAUAAACAUGGCGGGUGCUGUCCAGAUUGGUUGGAGUUGUGCUGUCUGUUAAAAAGUGACCAUGGGGGGGACGUGCACCCGUUUAUGAGACUUUCCAACAAGGUACUGACUGCAGGUUUAUUACCAUUGGAACGAUCAUUACACAAAGAAUGUUUUAUUUAUGUCUCAAUAAAGAUCCUCACGUCUGGA